GAUACAAGCCAUGACACAGACGGAGCGUGAAAACUUUUUGAGAAAUGCCAUUUUAAUUGUUGACCACGCAAAAGAUUCUGUCAUCUCUCUUCUAGAUUUAGAUCUAAGAAAUAAACAUCUAACAUUUGAACAGUUCCUUAAUCAAAAUCAGCAUAAAAUAUACCAUUUAUGCUACAAUUCAAGAUGCUGUCAAUGCCCUCGAGGAUAUAUACCACGAGGAGGGAGCCGUGUUCUAUAUCCAUUACAGCUUGAUAUACUCUAUGAUAAAUCGUUGAAACGAACCAAUCAUACGCAUGGAAGGUCACCUGAUAUUUGUUGUAGCCUGGCUAAAACGGGAAUAGUGACACCAUUCUUGACCUCACCUUAGGACGAUGUAUAUUAGUGAAUUUUUGUACUGAUGUAUUUUGGUACAGUUGCCUGACUGUACAAAGCCUUACCCUAGAAAACUUUUUGAAUCAAAAUAAACAUAUCCUCUGCCAUUUUUGGCAAAACAAUUCAUCAUGCUGUCAAUGUCAUCAAAAUGCUUUUGUCUCGUCUUCUCAACAAAUUCUUGACCAAAGACAAUGGACAGCACUAUAUACUGCAAAUCUUCUUCCAUGUGCCUUACACAGGAAGAGACCAAACACAGGAGUUCCAACAUCAAUCUGUGCGUUUGCGGCGAAAUCAGGCAUUACAGUCCAGAUCUUAGAUCCUCAUGUGAACAAAAUUAUUCUAGAAAACUGCUGUGAUGUACGAAAAGCCGUGGAGUUAAUUGUACAAAGACGGAACCACGUGUACGGACACGCAAACGAGGCGAGAAUAUCCGAUUUGGACUAUCUUCAAUAUACAAACGAAAUUGGAAAUGGUUUGAUUGAAAUUGCUCGGGUAUGUGGGAAUGAAUCCGAGGUACGACAUCAGUUACUUGAUCUGCAGAAAAGAACUCUUGAUUAGACUUUGUUGAUCCAGUAUCAAACAAUUAUGCUAAUUCAUGUUAGUCGCAAUGAGGAACUAAAAAAUAAAGUAACAGAAAUACAACGUCAACUUAAGACACAAAGUAAACAUUUGCGAAAAACAGUGGAAAAAGCUGUUACAGUUAAGUUGCCCAAAGUCUUAAAAAAGUCAGUGACAAGCAUUGAUGAUCGUCUAGGAUUGAUGGAAAAAUCUACAAAAGAGACAAACUUGUUAGUGAAAAGAAUUGAAACCAAACAGGCUGAAAAUCCAAAGAAAUUAAGGUUUUUGGAUCAUACGCGAAAAGAGAUUGAUCAACAUAUAAAAGAAAAGACAUUUGUGGAAACUAGGGCUAUUAAGACAUUCAUGACAAUACAUUCUGACAAAGAAGUUUUCUUAAUUACUGGGAGUGCAGGAAAAGGAAAAAGUAGAAAUGGUUUGGAUAUAUUAAGACAGCUCGGGGAAAAGUAUCCAACAUAUGAUGUGGUUAAAGUUUCUAAUUUUCAUACAGUUGACAAGAUAUUAAACAAAGAUAGUAGAACUAUACUUUUAUUAGAAGAUGUCUUUGGUAAGACAAAUUGUAGAUAUAGUGAAGACAAUGAUAGGCAUGUCUUAGAUAUAUUACAAGCUUAUAUCAAUAGUGGUAAUGUUAAGGUCAUUUUUACAAUACGCAGUGUAGUUAAAAAAUCAUUACAGUACUUGCAUUUAUUUUCAUCUCAUAGAAUAUUUAAAGGGUUUGAAGAAAUAAAUCUUAAUUCAAGUCAAUUUAAAAUGACUAAAAUGGAGAAAGAAAGACUUCUUGAAAAUUAUUGUUCAAAAAAUAAUAUAAAAAUAGUACAUGUAGGAGAAAAUGAAAAUUGCUAUGAGGAAACGGUUUUAGAUAAAAAUGUUACUGUUAAAAUCAAUGAGGCAACAUUUACAAAUAUUGUGAAUACUGACACAUACUUGGGUUUUCCUGAAUCUUGCUACAUGUUUACUUCAAACAGAGCAUUAACUCGAUUGGGGAUUCAAUUUUUUAAACAUCCAACCAGAUUUUUAAAUCAGGAAAUUGACAACUUAAGAAGAAGUGGUGAAAGUAACAUGAAAGACAGAACUUGCUACAUAACCCUAGUUUACAUUUUACUGUCUAGCAACACGCUUGGCAAGACAGUUUUUGACUGUGAUAAAGCAGCUAGUAUAUUGAGAUCAUGUUACAACCGAGACAGCUUUAUAAUAAACAGUGAAAUUAUAGGUGCAGCAGAUGAAAUGACAGGCAGUUACCUUACCUAUAAUACAGAAACAUCAGUAUUCCAGUUUCAACAUCAAACUAUAUUUGAAAGUGUUAUGUUGUCUUACUACAAUGUAGAUCCAAAUUUAGUCUUGACAAUGAUUGAUUUUGAAAUGCUUAGAGAGGUCGUUAAACUCAGCAACUACCUUGCAAAAGAAGAAGAAAUAAAAAUGAUUAUACCAAAGCAAUUCUACGGUAACUUAGCGAAACGUCUUUUUCAGAUAUUUCAUUUCCAGUUUAGACACAUGCCUUCUAAUUUUAUCAAAGUAUUGUGUGACAGUGAUUUAAUGACACAAAUUGAUGCUGAUUUCAUUACUCAACUAGGCGAACAUUUCAUUGAAGCAUCAAAUCAUGACAUUUCUACAAUCAUAACAUACGAAGGCAAAAGUGAAGAGGUAGUCUUUUGUCUUUUGGCAGCUGUACUGUGGUUUGGUACCAUUAAAGACUGGAAAACUGAAGAUAUUAAAGUCAUACUUCAUUCUUUGAAGAUAACAUUGCUGUCAGAGACCAGAUCAAAUGUGAACAACGCGUGUAAAAGAACAAUAGUUGCCGCGUUCUUGUAUUCAUGUGACAAAAAGAAUGCAAAUGACAUUAUUGAAUUCUUUUUACAAACAAUAGACGAACUUGAAAUAAGUUUUGAUAUUAACAGGUGUUUCCAAGACGUAGUUGAUAGACAAAAUCAGCGGGCUGCAUCAUGUAUACUGCAACAUUUUUAAAAAAAGAUUGAUAUU